AUGUUCAAGUCCCUCAAGAAGUUGUUUCGCCGAGGGGAGAAAACUGCAGCCACAGACAAUGACGUAAUCACAAGUGCUGGCAACGACAAAACCACAAGUGAAACCGAGCGCACAAGCGAACAUCCAAGGUCUACAACUCAUGUUGCGACUCAGAGCUGGAAGGUUGACAUUGCGAAGGCGUUCGUAGAGAAAUGGAACGAACAUGAUAUGGUGAGUACCAAAGAAAUGGUGACAGAGGACUUCGUGGUUGUAUUUUCCUCAGCUGAGAACUUGGAAUUGGAUUAUGAUGAAUACGCUGCUGAGACAAACAGAAUCCAUGAUGCAUGUCCAGACUUCAGCUUUUGUUAUGAUUCCGUUGAAGAACAGCAGAGCGACGGAGUGGUUGUCUUGCACAACUUGAUCCUCGCUGCCAGAGACUUUCGUACAGACAACCCUUAUGCUUUUGGCCCACAGUAUGGAAGUCGUGUUGAGUACUCAUCCGAAAAGCUCCUCUUCUACUUCAAGGAUGGAAAGAUCUGCAAGCAAAUUGUGGCACCCGAAGGCCAAAUGCCAGGGCCAGCCGGCAUCUAUACACAGAUCUUUCUCUGCGGCAUUGCUCCCAUUGAUUUGGUCGCUGCGCUCAAUUCUGGUAGCCAGGUGUUCACUGAAAAUCACAUUUUCUGA